AUGGAUGCGAAAAGGCGGAGGACAGAGAGGAUCAUGACACUAGCGGAGUCACAAGGUGGUGUUUACAUUGGUAAUAGUACGGCGAAGCGUAUAGUACCUAACGAUGGAGCUAGAGGACGUGGAUAUGAUCCCUUCGCGCCAUUGGACAAGGGGACGAAGAAAGCCGUCAUAGAGUACUGCAAGAAGCUUCCUGGUUCAGGAAAGAGGAAGACCAUAAAAACAGCCAAGGAGUAUCCCAUAAGAUUUUGGUGGUAUGACCUUCUGAAUCAGAAGGAGUGGCUGGAAGACACGCACAUAAACGCCGCAAUUUAUUUACUGAGGGCACGCUUGAUGGAUCACCCAGAGUGGUUCAGAAGUGAUCGUAUCUGCUUUGUGGACACAUACUUUGGGCACUACUGGAGUGCAAAGUACGAGGAGUUCAAGCUGAUAGAGGCUAACGAGAAGGGCGAAGGGAAGCCCCUACCAAAUCUAUCGUGGGAUUACUAUAAAGGUGCACAACCAGAGCCUCGGCCAACAAACAAGAUUUGGGGGGUCGACAUUGACGAACUUUACGUCCCUUUCAACGUGAAAACUGACCAUUGGGUAGCUCUGCUCAUUUCCUUGCCGAAGAGGCAUAUCACUGUGUACGAUAGUCUACCCCAUCACGUGAAGCCGGAAGAGUUACCUGCACUCUUAGAACCAUUGGCGGUGAUGUUUCCCUAUUUGAUGAGGACAUGCGUUGACGAGGACAUGAAGUACUUGUGGACUCUGGAACCGUUUACUUAUGACCGGCCAAUCGGCCAAGAGAUCGUGCCACAACAGAGCAACGACAAUGACUGCGGAGUGUUCACGCUGAAGUACAUUGAAUGCCACGCCCUUGGUAUGGAGUUCCCGCAGACGCUGUGCCACGCGAACAUACCUGACAUUAGAUUGAAAAUUGCUGGUGACUUAUUCCAUGAGACAGGGGUUCGCGGACCAAAGGAGCGUGACUGGGCGGAGUUGGACUAA